UUCCUCCACCUCCUUCGUCACUCUCACUUCUCCUAAACCCUAUCAAAGAACCUCAAACUUCAUUGGCAAGGCAUGGCUUCAAAGUGCCUAGCAUCAUCUGCAUUCAUCCUCUCCCUCAACCUCCUCUUCUUCUCUUUCGUUGGCUCGUCUCAUGUUCCGUCCCGCCAGGCACCUUGCGUGCCCACGACCCCGAAAGUCCCGGGUCACCACUCUCAGCCCGCAGUGCCUGCUUGCCCCAGGGAUGCACUUAAGUUUGGGGUGUGUGCAAACCUGCUGCGUGAUUUGGUCCACUUGGUCAUGGGAACCCCUCCGAAGACUCCUUGCUGCAGCCUGCUCUCUGGACUUGCAGAUCUCGAAGCUGCUGCCUGUCUCUGCACUGCCAUCAAAGCUAACAUCCUCGGGCUUAACCUUAAUGUUCCCGUGUCGCUCAGUUUGCUGCUGCAUUACUGUGGAAUGCAGGUGCCCUAUGGCUUCAAGUGUGCCUAGAGAGGAUGUCUCAUUAUUUAUCUAGUCUAGUCACGGUUGUGUUCCUGAACAAAGAAGUGUAGGAUAUGGAGAGCAUUGUAACGAGAAUGUGCGCUUAUUAUGAGGAAAUAAAUUAGGAGCCUGAUUGUUAGUACCGAGAGUGAAGUCCUUGACUUCUUACCUUUGUAUUUUACGUCUUUUUCAUUAUGACUAAACGUUUUCUGUGUGCUGUGGACUAAUCUAUCAAGCUGCGGCGAUAUUGUCCAUGGACUAUCUUCGACAUGUAUGAUGCGUGGUUGCUCUCUUUGUAUCUCGUAUUUAAGGGCAAAUGAAAAUCUCUUUUGAGCUUUA